CUCAUCCGCGCACACGCAGGCUCGGAUAGGAAAUGUCCCACUUAUGUCUCUGAGUUUCACCGGAGAUGAACGGCAAGAUGCAGCUGCUGCCGCUGCUGCUGCCUUUGCUGACGCGCUUCAGCCCGGCUGUACUGGGACAACUGGAGGAAAACCAGUUUGGAGACGACUUCGAUUCCGACUUAGCAGACUUUGAUUUGGACAUCGCGCCGCGCAGGGUCCCACGGCAGGUGAAAAGCAUACUCUCCAAGGAGACUAAACCCCACAUCCAGGAACUCUCCAUCAAGACCACCAUCAUCUCGCGCUACGCCUUCACCGCGGUGCACUGCGCCAUGCUGAACCGGCACUCCGCCGCCGCCGAGGGCGUCUUCCAGUUUCAGAUCCCCUCCAACGCUUACGUCUCCAACUUCACCAUGAUCAUUGGAGGGCGCGUCUACCAGAGCGAGGUCAGGCCGAAGGAAAAGAAGGUCAAACAGGAGAACGGCAAACCCAAGAAGAAAGAGACAGGUGAUGCAAGUCCUGAGCCGGAGGUGGAGGUGUUCAGGAUGGCAGCCAACAUCCCCGGUCGGAACCGGGCCGUCUUCCUGCUCACCUACGAGGAGCUCCUGCAGCGACGGCUGGGCCGCUACGAGCACGUGACCAGCCUGCGGCCGCUGCAGCUGGUCAGCCGCCUCAGCCUGGACGUCACCAUCGUCGACCACGCGGCCAUCACGGACCUCCAGGUGCUCCCGCUCCGCAACAGCAGGAGCACCAGUGCGUCCAACGCCGGGUCGAAUGCACCUAAGACACCAGCCAAGCCCGAGCCUCCGGUCACCACUGUGGUCAACAACGAAAAGAACGUCUACAGGAUCACCUUCAGCCCCAACAUCGUCCAGCAGGCCAAGAUCAGCACCAACGGCCUCCUGGGAGACUUUGUGAUCCGCUACGACGUGCAGAGGGACAUGGGGAUAGGAGACAUUCAGGUUUUAAACGGCCACUUUGUCCACUACUUUGCCCCCAAAGACCUUCCUGUCGUGCCCAAGAAUGUGGUGUUUGUGAUCGACACCAGCGCCUCCAUGCUGGGGACGAAGAUCAGACAGACUAAAGAUGCUCUGUUCACCAUCCUGAGGGAUCUGCGACCGGACGACCGCUUCAACUUCAUCAGCUUCUCCAACAAGAUCAAAGUUUGGCAGCCGAACCGUCUCGUGCCGGUGACGCCUCUUAAUGUCAGAGACGCCAAGAAGUUUAUUUACAUGCUGCCAACCACUGGAGGAACAAAUAUCGACGGUGCCAUCCAGACCGGCUCUUCUCUGCUUCGGGAUUACCUCUCAGGCCCUGACGCCAGCCCGAACAGCGUCUCCCUCAUCAUUUUCCUGACAGACGGACGGCCCACGGUCGGCGAGAUCCAGUCCACUGCCAUCCUGGGGAACACUCGCUCGGCCGUGCAGGAGAAGUUCUGCAUCUUCACCAUCGGGAUUGGGAACGACGUGGACUACCGGCUGCUGGAGCGCAUGGCUCUGGAAAACUGUGGCAUGAUGAGACGCAUCCACGAGGAGGCCGACGCCAGCGCGAUGCUCAAAGGGUUCUACGAUGAGAUCGGAACUCCUCUGCUGUCCGACAUAAGGAUCAACUACACAGAGGACUCAGUCCAGUACGUCACUCAGCAUCUCUUCACCAACUACUUCAACGGCUCUGAGAUCGUCAUCGCCGGCAAGCUGACCAACCAAAGCGCAGAGUCGCUUCACGUCCAGGUCACAGCCAGCAAUAACGACAAGAGCAUCAUCCUGGAGACCGAUGUUCCACUGCGGCAGCGACAGACGGAAACUGAGAAGCAUGUGAGAGCAGCCACAGCAGCAAUGGCGACUGGAGCGAAGGCUCCCGGGUCAGGGGCCACACAGGGAUUAGGCGUCGUUUUGGGUGCCAUAGCAGAAGACUUUGUGGAGCAUGUGUGGGGUUUCCUGAGUGUCAAGGAAGGACUACGGUCGCGGCUACGCAGCCGAACCAGCAAGGAGAGGGAGGACCACAUCCAGCAGGCCACCAAUCUGUCUCUGACCUACCACUUCCUCACUCCCCUCACCAACCUGGUGGUGGAGAAGCCUGAGGUCCUGGCUGAUGGCACCAUGGCCCCGGCACCCACCAUCGCUCCAGCUACUGGUGAGGCUGUCUCAACCACCAAUGAGCUACUAGGCGACACAGAGGACGGAGAGCCUCAGACACCCAAUGGGAAGCAAGGCAGCCAGACUUCAUCUCUGAGCAAUAUGAUUGGUAAAGCCGAGAGGAGACCAGCCAAGAAAUCCGUCACCAUCUCCAAAACAUCAGCGGACGGUGACCCCCACUUUGUGGUCGAGAUCCCUCUGAGUAAACUGACCGUUUGCUUCAACAUUAACGGUGAGCCUGGACACAUCCUGCGCCUGGUGUCUGACCACAAGCACUCAGGUGUGACGGUGAACGGGAAGCUGAUCGGCGCCCCGGCUCCACCAGGCAGCCACAAACAACAGCGAACAUAUUUCAGCACCAUCACCAUCGUGGUGGAUCGUCCCAAACGCGCGUACAUCGAGGUGACGCCAAAGAAGGUCAUCCUGGACGGGCGGGACAGGAUGGUGCUGCCCUGCCACUCCACAGUUGCGGUGGACAGCGGCGCUUUGUCGGUGUCCAUCGUGGCAAAGUCUAACGUGACCGUGACGGUCGGAGGGGACGUCAGCUUUGUGAUCCUGCUGCAUCAGUACAAGAAUCCAGCCGCCUACCAGAGGGACCAUGUGGGGUUCUACAUCGGCCAGAGCAAAGGGCUGUCGCAGCACUGCCACGGCCUGCUGGGUCAGUUCCUGUAUGAGGAAGUGGGCCUGACAGAACUUCCUGCACAAGGAGACACGAAAGCAUCUCCCGUCCUGAAGGUGAAGGACCGAUCUGUGCCGGUGGUUCAGAAGAGCAGGAGGAUCUUCAGCGGGACUGAGAACGUGGACUGCUGGUUCGCCCGGAACAACGCAGCCAAGCUGAUAGACGGACAGUACGAGGACUAUGUGAUGUCCCACAUGUUCGACACCGGGGACUGGCCCCGCGGGACCAACAGGGUAUGAGAUGAUGUGUCACUGUGGUUUUAGUCUGUUUGUAUCACAUCCUAACAGACUGUUUGCCAAACCUUCACAUUUCAGUUUUCUUUCCACCUGCAGGCUCUUCUGAAUAUAUUUUUUUACUAUUUCUAAUGAAAAUUAAAUGUAUUUUAAUUAUAUGGUUGGUAUUAUGUUUUUAU